CCGCGAACUUAUUGAUUUUUACAAUUCCCGGUACCCUGCCUUGCGCAUAGUGAGACGUGGGCGAGUCUAGGUGGCCUAUUCAAAUAAUAUUUCAAAUAAAAAAUAAGUGCGCAGUGCACAUAAUGGAUACAAUGACAACGUCGGGUUUGUUAGAGUGGGAACUCUCUUUACCUUCUGAUCAAAUAAUUUCUCAUGCUUGGUACCACGGCGCCUUAAGUCGAACAGCGGCAGAAAAUUUGUUGCAGCAAGAUAGAGAGUUUUUGGUCAGAGACUCCUCGUCACAACCCGAUAACUAUGUCCUUAGUUGUCGAUCCAAUGGCCAACAUCUACAUUUCGUCAUACAAAGGAUUGUAGUCCAUCCAGAAACUGUAUAUGAAAGAUAUCAAUACCAGUUUGAAGAUGAAGCAUAUGAUACCGUCGCUGACCUGAUAACUUCUUACGUAGGGUCAGGAAAGCCGAUAUCAGCUGCUUCCGGAGCUAGAAUUCAGUACCCAGCAAACAGAAUAGUGCCUUUAACAACGUACAUUACAAACGAAGAUUCAAAUCCAAUUGUAUCUCCAGUUGGUGAAAGUAACUAUGGAAAUCCAUACAGUUUAUAUAGUCAUUUUGCAUCGAAACCAGGAAUGCAAUUACGAGUACCUUUUAAAAAGCAACGCUCUCAUUCCCUUACACCUAUUGACAUGACUCAACACAUCAAUCAUGGCAAGAGUGCAAGCGCCGAUGGCGUUAUACAAACUAAUAAGCAUUUAGUGAAAUUUUCAAGCGAGUCAUGUUCUAAUACAUGGGAUGCUAAUCUUCCUACUAGUCCUCCCGCUAAGCCUGCAAGGUAUGACGGGCCAAAAGCUGAUGAUAGGCGUUUAGAAUUACAAAGACUCUACCAAGUAUCAGGGUCUGAUUCCGGUAAUGGUUCUGGAGAUUCCACACAAAGUUCUGCUCACAGUGAUCCAAAUAAAAACAGAGUGGAAUCUGAUUAUAACGCAACGACCCCAACAAUGAAACAACAUUUUGAUUACGAUUUGACAGAAGCGAAAUUACUUCAAUUAGAACACUUGGACUAUGCCGUUGAAUCUCGGAUUAAUCUCGAAAAUUUCCAGUCUCAAAUAAUAUCACCAAGCUUAAACAAGCCCUUAGAGUCAGAAACAUUGCAUUCAAUAAAAUUACUCCUGAGAACAUCCGGGCCCCGCAUUUUAGCGAACCACUUGACCAAAAUCGAUUUACAUUUUCUAUUAGACGACGCGGUUCAGAUCGAGGGUUUGAAUAAAACAGCAUCGGGUCUAGAAUUAUGCUUUUUGCCACAAGGCCGAAAUUUACGUCUGGAUAUAAUUGAAAGAGUCGAAACAUUCCGACUUCUUGUUGCUGUGACUAUACUGACGUGUCAAACUGAUCGCCAGAGAGCUGAUAUUAUAAACGAUUGGAUUUUGUUAGCCAUCGAGACUAAAACUGCUUUGGGAAAUCUUUAUGGGUUUUCAGCAAUCAUGUUUGGAUUAUGUAUGCCUCAGGUGGAGCGGUUAGAAACCGCUUGGAAUAUAUUAAGACGUGUUUAUACUGACAAUGCUUUUAUGUUUGAAGCAAAAUUACGUCCAUGUUUUAAAAGCAUGAAUGAAGGCAACAAUCCACUACCUCCAAACACAACAACACCUUACGUUGUACCACCAAUUUUAUGUUUUCACAUAUUCGAUGGGGAUAGCGGUGGUCUCUUGCAAGCAGACGAUACAUUUCCAGGAAGUCUUAUGAACACAUUAGAAUUUGAUUUCAACGCAUCAGCAGCUCAUCUAGAAGCUGCGCGCCAUUUCCCGAACCAAGUCGAAAUGUUUAAAAGAAACGCCAGAACUGUGGUACAAGAAUUGUCUUCCCUUGGUUCUACGUUGGAUCCUUCUCUGCUCGAAUUAUUUCGUACAGAAUUUCAUAUAAACUUUUUGUGGGGCGAAAGAGGUGCCAUGACCACACCCAAUCAAAGAUUUGCGAGGCUAACUGAUAUUUUAACAGCAAUGUCCAGUAAACUUGUAACUAACGGACUAGAGGCAGACGACAUUGUCUAAUUACAUAAAAAGGGUUGGUGGUAAAGAUACCUCUAUGUUAUAUAUUUUUUGACGCAUACCAAUGCCCGUUGUAGCGUCGUGAUAUUUAUUUAUGAUAUUCUUUGUUUGAUAAGAAAUAUUUAAUCAACUAUAAAAAUUGGAAUAUAUAUUUAUGAUUAGCGUAGUUUUACAAAAAUAGGGACACAACUAGUGUGAAAAUGUAUCCCUAUAAUGUGAGCUAAUAGUGUUACGCUUAAUUAAGAUAAAACCUUUUUAUAUAAAUUAUAUAACUCCAUAUACUUCCAUAUUAUAACUACCUAAUGUAAAACCAAGUCAGCGUUAUAUACCAGAUUAUACCAAUAUUUAUAUAAUAAAUGUGGCAAUUUCUUAUACAU